GCUGACAAAUGUAAACAAGUUAAAACAGCUGUAGGCGCGUUUUACUGAAGUACAAAUUGGAAAUAAAAUUUUCUGAAAUAAGUGCUAAAUAGUUUGCAAUAGAAAUAUUACAGUGUAUAAAAAAACAACAAAUAAUUAAUUAAGUUUUUAUUUAUAUUUGUGAAUAAAUUUUAUCUAUAAAUGUAUGUGCUAAGAAUUCAUAUAGUCAACACUUGUUGCUAGUGCUAAGAAGAAAUUGUGCCAUUGUUUUCUUAUAAAGACCAAGAAUAUAUUAGCAUUAGAAAUUAAGUAGCUUUCGAAUACUUCAAAACAGUGCAGACAUAAAUUAUAUGCAAAAUUAUAUUGUUUUCAAUGCAUAAAUUAUGUGUUAAACCUUGUUACUCAUUCACUACUCGUUGAAGCACUCAAUUUAAUUCAAGUUAUUAAUCGUACAUUGCCCUAGUAGUUGGAAGUGUGGCAAAUAAAAAGUUGGAUAAAAAAUCGAAAAAAUACUGUUCCUUAAUUUACAAACCACAUUAAAACCAAUACCGCGACCGGCCGUCAAUGCCACAGCCAAUGUGAAGCAGUUACAUCAACAAAAGCGCUUGAAAAGUUUACAACUUUCCUGAAAUAGUAAAUAGUAACGCUAUACUAGUAUAACGCUGUGUUCAUCUGAACUUUUGCAAAAUAGCUAUAAAAAAUAGCAAAUAAAGGACGAGUGCUUGGUUAUGUGCAACUGCGUCUACAACAAACCUUGUGUACAUUUCUACAUAUUGUAUAUGUAUAGGAUCAGCCAUAAAAUACGAGUAAAAUGCAAUUUGUAGGAAAGCUAAAAACUUUUAUUUUGAAUUAAACAAAAUGGAGUUCACAAAUAUAAGCCGUACACAAUCUGUGCAGUAGAUUCCACAAGUGAGUUUCACUCAGUUUACCAGCCAGCAGUUGACAUCGUAUGGACAACUUUCAAGCUACUAACUAUUUACUUGCAUAAUUUUAACUUUUAUAUGCUGAAUUUAAAUUACUUCUCGGAAAAUGUUUCUGCGCAUUAUUGUUGACUCUUACCUAUGUAUGUAUAUAUGUACAUGCAUAUAAACAUUUAAAAUGUCUUUAAACAUUUAAAGUUAUCAUUCGACAGUUGAAAUUAUCUUUACUUAUUAUAUUAAAAAAAGAUAAAUCAGCGCUUUAAAUAUUAAGCGAAGAAUAUUUAAUUACCGUAAUAUUUUAUAUGAAAUUAUUGGUAACAUAAGUUUUUAAACAGCGAACACAAACCGCCUGUAAUUUUCAAAAGUUCUGUACUUCUGGCACCAAUCGCCUCAAAUAUUCAGCAUAGUAGACUGCAAUCCGAAGGGCACUUUACAUAAUUUGUCGGCAGACAUGAAUGCGCAAUGCACACCAUGUCCACCUAAUCUGUUUAUCUACAAGAUAAGCUCUGGCUAUGAAUCUGACGCUUAAUACAACAGUGUAUAACAAGCCAUACGAAAAAUAGCAAGCAAAAGUAAAAAAAAGCGACAAUAACAAAAUUAAAACUUUCCAAUCCGCACACAGACGAGUUGUUUUUUGACAAGUGAUAUAACUGCGGUUGCAGCUGACCUGCUUCUCCCUACUGUUCCGGCCAUUCGCUUAUCAACGGACAUUCAGCUGGACAACUUUAACCGAGAACAGAGUGAAGAGCAACAAAAGAUGGCAGCAAACACCAACAUUGCCACAACCGACAUCAACAAGCAGGGCGAGCGGCAACAGGACAGCACCCGCAUGCCGUUUGUCGGCUCGCCAUUGCUCCUGCCAGUGCCAGCGUCAUCGUCAACAUCAGCAACGCCACAACAAAAGCGACAUCAAGAACAAUUCUCUGCGAAAAUAUUGCAAGCGCUACUGGGUAUUGUGGCGCAACCGCAAGAGGAGACACAAUCUGGCGAGCCGGAAUCGGAGGCAGCGCUAAAGCAGCAGUUGCAUAUGGAAUUGAGCCAAAUUGAGUUGAUCUAUCGCGCGGAGGGUAAUGCAAAUUUGGUGCUAGCAUUGCCGCAAUUUAAAAAAGUUUUGCGUCUGCCAAAAACGUCGACGCUGCCGACAACUAGCCAUAGCAAAAGCAGCAAAUAUAACAAAAUGAAAAUUGGUGAUACACAACAGCAAACGGAUGCGAAUGUGGCCAAGGGGCGGCAAGUGCCCGACAAAGAGUGGCAGCAACAUCAACAGCAUCAACAACAACAACAAAAACAGCAACAGCAAACUCAAGAAAUGCAAUUGCAACAUCAACAUCAGCCAGAACAGCAAAAACAUCAGGAGGUAGUCCAAAGUGCUUCCGACCCGGCUGUAAAUCAAAAUGCAAAAGACUUGACAAUGGAGGAUUUUGUAGCUUACAUCGAGGUAAUACGGCAACUACUUGGAAGCGAGUAUGUAUUCGAGGCAGAGAUUGUGCGGAUAACGAAGGAGAAGGACAUACGGUGGAUAAAUGAACGGAUACGAGCGGAUCGACCAGCUUAUCGGCGUGAUAAAGAAUUUUGUGGGGAAUUCGGUUUGUUGCUGCCAGAUGCUACACGCUUACCAAUAGCAUUCGAUAUUUUACUUUCCAAUUUGCAGGCGAAAUGGAUCGGCGACACAUACGCCAUCGAAAUAAAACCGAAGCAAGGUUGGCUGCUGCCAACUGUGGUCGUCAACAAUUUAUUGGAGUUGCAGAAAAGGCCAGCGCCGGCUGAGCAGCAGCAGGAACUCACGGGAGCGGAAUGGAGGCAAGCGUCAGCUCACAGUCACCACAGCGCAAGGUGUCGCUUCUGUGCGAUGCAAUUUCUAAAGCUACACACGGGCAAAAUCAACAGGCGAACUUCUUAUUGCCCGCUGGCGUUGUUUUCCGGUGUUCCAGCGCAAAUGGUUGCCGCACUCGAUGCUCUGUUCCGGUGUCCGCAAAAUAAUUUAAGAAUAUUUCGAAACGGUAUUUUGGUAUACGAUGGCGAAAGACAUAGCUACGAAGACUUGGUGCAGCAGAUAUUUCCUGGCCAAAUAGAGCUUUUAAAAGAUUUGGUGGUGGCAUGCCUGCUGCGGGACUACACUUCAAACACCAACAACAAGAACAACAAGAGCAGCCGUGACACCGAAGGUAGCAGCUGUAGCAGCGUUGACAUUGUUGAAGUAGCCAAAGCUGCUGCUGGUCAGCCACACUUAAGCGCUGCUGCGGAACAAAGACCAACGACGGUGGGCCAACAGAGCGCGGACGAGGCGAAGAAGACCGAGUCGAAAGAAAGUAGCGUAAUGCCAGCACUACUAACAGAUGAGGCCCGUGGGGCGGCAGGCGUUGUAACGGCGGUGGCUGCUGCAGGUUCUCCGACGCCAAAACGUUCACGCAGCAAGACGACGACGACGAUGACGACAAGGACUGACACUGUUGCACUGGAGACAACUUCGCAAGCACAAAUCACCGAAGUGGAAACGCUGUGCUUACCGGAAAAUUGUGUGCUGCAAAAAAUUUUGCAUUUACAAUUGCUGGCCAAGCACCACAUGUCCGCCUUGCAUGCGGCCGGUUAUGCGCGUAAGUCGGAAAAAUCAUACGACGCCUUAAAAGCCUUGUUGCAGCGCUCAAAACAACAACAAAUUGCGGGAAAUGCAUUGCAGGCCGUGGAAGCAUACAUGCUGGGCGCCACAGCGCUGGACUGCUCGAUAAUGCUGGCAUUUCAGGAAAUUUCAAUGCGCGAUCCUUCGCCUUCACAGUCGCCUGAAAUGACAACAGCCGCCUGCUCGCUGCCGAGGCAUUGCGUCGUAAUGCCGCGCCAUAAAAAAGCCUUCCUCACCAAAGUCACGCUGGUCGACUUGGAUCCGAAGCCUGAUAGUCACUUGUGUAAAUACAUUAAACAGACGUCUCAAGCCCUCAACUUAUUUAUGGCUAGCAGUUCCUGAUGGCCAGCAUGGGUGUGCGUGUGUGUGCGUCCACAAGACAAAAGGACACGUCGAAUCCUGCAGUGAAAAAUAAAAGGGAAACUCAGCAUAAAUUUAACGCUCCGGAAUGUAAAUACAAAUAUGUUAAUAUAUUUUCGCUUUUGUAUUAAUGCAUGCAUCAUAAUAAAUGCAGUGUUAAAUUAAAAGAUGCACUCCGCGCGAAACCUUGCGGAGUAAUAUUAUUGCAUUUCAAUUUCAUAUCCAGACUCAAUUCCGUUGUGCUAGUCCUGAAAAUAUUAUGUGUGUAUAAAUUUAAGCGCGCUCUUUAGUUAACUUUGGGAAGGUGUUUGGCGCAGUUUAUUGCCGAAAGAACCAUGCGAGAAGCCAUCAUAACCUACUUCGAUUACAGGCUGUUUGAUAAGUGAGCAACAAAUAAGCUUUAAAGUCACCUAAAUUGGUCCGUUUUAUAUCAUGAGUUUUAGUGAUGUCAUUCAAAUUCACCACUAUGGUAAAUUUCUAUUUUUAUUUGUUUACAACUAGGAUAUGAUUAUCAAA